UCUAGAGAAUACAGCAAAUUACAAACAAAAUUAAUUCAAAUAUCUGAAUUACCAGUAAUAUUUCAAAGCAAAUCAAAUAACUGCAGUAAUAAUGAAAGCAAUACAUCUGAAUCUUCUAAAAUAUUUAAUAUUUCAACUACAAUAUAUGAACAAGAUUAUAGUUUUUUGGAUGCUUUAAAAAUAAUAAUUCAAAACAAUCAAAUCAAUGGCAAGCAAGUUUUCCAAAUGAA